AUGAACGGUAAUUCGGCUGAAACUCAUCCGGAUAUUGUUGAUGAAACGCCAAAGCAAGAAAUUACCGAUCAACCUCCGCCCAAUAUAGAUGAAACGUCUCAAGAUUCUACAACAAAGGAUGAAACAUUGAAAGAACCGUGGACAGAACAAAACCUUGAUGAAAAAAUCGUAAAAAAAUUGAGAGAUUCUAUAGAAAAUGGCAAACUAACCGAAGCUGAUAUUGAUAAUAAACUUUGUGUUGCGCUAAAAACUUUGCCAGAGGACCAAGAAAGUGUCGAUACCGUAUUUAGUGAAUAUAACACAAGUGACUUAACGGGUGUAAUUAAUAAAAGUGCAUUUUUAUGUAAUAUAAUUAAACAGUGGAAAUUAAAAAAUACCAGAGAAGUAAAAAAUAGUUCAGAAAAAACACUUAGUGAAAGUGCUGAACGAAAACCAGGACCAGAUGAAGAGAAAUUAAAAGCUAUUUGUGACCGAACACAUUAUUCAAUCGAAAUUACAGCCGGUCAAAGAAAAUAUGGCGGACCGCCACCAGAUGGACCAGAGAGACCACCACAUAAUAGUGAAAUUUUUGUUGGUAAAAUUCCACGUGAAGUGUUUGAAGAUGAAAUAAUUCCGUUAUGUGAAGAAGCAGGAAAAAUAUGGGAUCUAAGAUUGAUGAUUGAUCCAUCAAGCGGUUAUACAAAAGGCUAUUGUUUUGUCACAUUUUGUCAUCAACCAGAUUCAACAAAAGCUUGUGACAAGCUUAAUGGUUUUGCAAUCCGACCGGGAAAAUUAUUGAAAGCCAAUCCAAGUGUUGCUAAUGUUCGUUUGUUUGUUGGAAAUAUACCUAAAACGAAAACAAAGGAAGAAAUCAAAGAAGAACUAUCUAAACUUGUUGAGGGUAUCACUGAAGUUAUUGUUUAUAUACCAGCCGAUGAAGCUGAUAAAAAGAAAAAUCGUGGAUUUUGUUUUGUUGAUUUUGAUACACACAAAAAUGCCUCGGCAGCAAAGCGAAAAUUGGCUAGUUCAAGAACGAGAUUAUUCAAUCGAGAUGUAGCCAUUGAUUGGGCAGAUCCUGAUGAAAAUCCCGAUGAUGAAACAAUGUCUAAAGUAAAAGUUUUGUAUGUACGAAAUUUGACGUCAGAUGUUGGUGAACAAGAUGUAAAAGAUUUAUUUUUGCCCUAUGGAAAUAUUGAACGUGUUCGUAAAGUUCGCGAUUAUGCCUUUGUUCACUUCGAUACACGUGAAGAUGCAUUGAAUGCAAUGAAAGCGCUGAAUGGAAAACAAUUAGGAAAAAAUUCAAUGGAAAUCAGUUUAGCCAAACCAAUGAGUGAUAAACGUAAACAAGCACAACAAAAACGGGAACAAAGGAAGCAGUUUGAACCGUACAGCCGAGGAGCAGGAUAUGGAGGAGUUGGAGGUGGAUCAGAUUCGAGUUAUCCUCCACCGAGUCGAAUGCACAGUGGAAAUAUGGGAAUGGGUGGCGCUGACUCAGAUAUGUUUAUGUUCAAUUACGAUAUGGAUUAUGGCAUAAUGGGAAAUGAUAUGCGAGGUGGCGGUUCCUCUCGAGGACGAAUGUCGGUAAGUAAAAACGAAAAUUUUGUUAGUUUAGCUCUUAGUCUUCUCGAUAACUUUCGUGAAGAAGCAGGCGAAUUCACGAUGAAACGUGGUGGAAGGUCGGGUCCGCCUUCAUCGUCUUAUGGCGGUCCGAUGAUGAUGAAUCGUGGCGGAGGUAUGGGAAAUGGUCCUCCUCGUCGUGGAGGUAAUAUGUCCAUGAGAGGUGGUGGUGGUGGUAGCAAUAAUAAUGGCCGAUCAUCUUUUGGGGGUUAUGGAGGUAAUAAUAACAAUCUCGGUGGUGGACGACAACAAAUGAAUCAUCAACAGUAUUCAGGAGGUAUGAAAAGAAAAUCAGGUCCAAUGGAAGGACGAGGCGGCGGACCUCCUAAGAGAAAUCGUCAGGAUAACACUGGUAGUUGGGGCAUGGUUGAUGAUUCGAAUAAUUCCGUCGGUACAUGGUUUCAAGAUGCUGGCUAUUCCCAAUAUCACUGGAAUUGA